GAUGGUGGGCUGAAUGAAUGUCGAUCCAGAAAGGCCCCACGCCUAUGGAAAUGAUACACAAAAUCUUGGGGGCAUUUGUAUGUAUAUCGAGAAAGGGGAUUUAUGAUUAUUUGGCAAAUUGGAAAACGGCAACUCCUCCCACAUUCAUUCAUGUGGGCAGAUUCAUCAGUAUCUUGUGGGCGUCGGCGGUUCCGAUUCUUGUUGGUGACUGACUGACUGACUGAUUCAGUCUGAUCUUGGCCUUUUAGAUUCCUUAAAAUUCUGCAGAUUCGAGCUAAAGCUUCUGACAGCUGGACAAUGGGUUGGCUAACGAAGAUUCUCAAAGGUUCAGGCCACAAAAUCUCCAAGGGACAGCAUCAUGGCAAGUAUGAAGAUGACCACACAAUCUGGGAGGGGCCUUCAACUUCACUUGAUCAAACGUCGGAUUUCGAUAAGGAAGAACUGCAAAGAGCAAUUGAACUCUCUAUUGCUGAACAAGACGAUAAGGGGAAAAAACCAAUAGAUAAUGCGGCGCAAUUGGAAGACGAUGAAAUGCUCGCCAAGGCUCUUCAAAAUAUUUGGAAUAUGGAGUCUCCACCACAUUCACCUCCACCACCUCCACCCCGAUUGCCUAGACACGAUCACGAAAGUUUUUUGCCACCUAAUUCUCUCUACUUCCCUUCGAGCUUUAGAAUCUGUGCCGGUUGCAACAGUGAAAUCGGUCGUGAAAGAUUUUUGAGCUGCAUGGGAGCUGUUUGGCAUCCAGAAUGUUUCCGUUGUCGCGCGUGCAAUCAGCCGAUUUCUGAUUUUGAGUUUUCCAUGUCUGAGAACAGCCCCUACCAUAAAUUGUGCUACAAGAAUCUGCAUCACCCGAAAUGUGACAUCUGCAAGAAUUUCAUCCCCACAAAUGCUGCUGGACUUAUCGAAUACAGAGCGCAUCCUUUCUGGCAUCAGAAGUACUGUCCUGCACACGAGCACGAUGGAACGCCCCGUUGUUGCAGCUGCGAGCGAAUGGAGCAAGCAGAUGCAAGAUUCUUAAUUCUUGACGAUGGAAGGAAGCUGUGCCUCGAGUGUUUGGACUCUUCUAUAAUGGACACCCACGAGUGCCAGCCUCUAUACCUCGAAAUACAAGAGUUUUACGAAGGUUUAAACAUGAAGGUGGAGCAACAAAUCCCGAUGCUCUUGGUUGAGAGACAAGCGCUAAACGAAGCCAUGGAAGGGGAGAAAAAUGGCCAUCACCACAUGCCCGAGACAAGAGGGCUUUGUCUGUCGGAAGAGCAAACCGUCAGCACGAUCUUGAGGCGGCCGAGAAUAGGAGAGUUUAGGAUAAUGGACAUGUUCACCGUGCCUUACAAGCUUAUCCGUCGAUGUGAAGUUACAGCGAUUCUUGUUUUAUACGGUCUGCCUAGGUUAUUGACAGGUUCCAUCCUAGCCCACGAGAUGAUGCACGCCUGGCUCCGUCUUAAAGGGUACCCAAAUCUCAGCCCAGAAGUGGAAGAAGGCAUCUGCCAAGUGCUGGCACACAUGUGGUUGGAAUCAGAGAUCUUCGCUGGCUCGGGUAGUAGCGCGGCGUCAGCAUCUUCAUGGUCACCAGCGUCGUCAUCAUCCUCUUCUUCGUCAGCAUCAUCGUCUUCAUCGUCCAGCUCUUCUUCCAAGAAGGGCAAACGGUCAGAUUUCGAGAAGAAACUCGGUGAGUUCUUCAAACACCAGAUAGAAUCCGACACCUCUUCCGCUUACGGAGACGGAUUCCGGGAAGGAAAUAAGGCAGUGCUGAAAUAUGGCCUGAAGAGCACCCUUGAUCACAUUCAGCUCACAGGAACCUUUCCUUGUUAAUUUUUGUUCCCGAUUUCUUCAGGCUGGGCUGAUCAUAUUGGCUAUAUAGAAUCAUGAAAGAUGCUAACUUUAUUGAGGAAAGAUGAAACGGAUCAUACUCUCAAAUAAUGAAUAAAGGCUUAGAUUA